CCACAGACACACUCUCUCUCUAAGUCCAGAAUACACAUCGAACCCAGCCAUCGCCCAGGUCAUCAAGUUCCCAUCCCAACCCCUAAACAGAUACUUAGUUUAGCUAAUAAUUAGCAAUCAUUCAGAAAGUCAAACACCUUCAUACGCCGGCGGCCAAAGACGGCGACGCCAUCUGCCAGCGGAGCAGAUCUCCCCCACCCCCGGGCAGCAGUUGCAGGUUCACCCGCUGUUUGUGGUUCCAGAGCUUUCAGAUCGCGAGGACAGCAAGUCCUCCGCCGUCCUCCCUCUGGCUGUCCUCGCCCUCUGGCAGUCUCCUCUUCGGUCUGUUUCUCGCUUUACUCUGAAUUUAGGGCGUUGUUUGGUUGGUAGGUCACAGUAGAGUAAUAAUGUUUACGUCUGAUGGGGCAAAUCUACUGACUGCAAUUGUGCCGCUGCUGAAACUUCUGUCUAUUGCUGUGAUUGGAUUGAUUCUUGCUCACCCAGGAAAACAAAUUAUCCCUAGGGCGACCUUCAGGCUCCUGAGCAAGCUGGUGUUUGCUCUGUUUCUGCCAUGUUUGAUUUUCACGGAGCUGGGUGAAUCCAUCACUCUUGAGAACAUGGCUAAAUGGUGGUUUAUCCCCGUCAAUGUUCUAGUAAGUACGGCAAUGGGUUUCCUUCUCGGACUCUUGGUGGUAGUUAUAUGCCGUCCUCCCCCACAGUUCAAUAGAUUCACAAUCAUCAUGACCGCAUUUGGAAACACUGGAAAUCUGCCUUUAGCCAUUGUUGGAUCCGUGUGUCACAGUAAAGACACACCAUUUGGCCCCCACUGCCACUCUCGCGGUGUGGCUUAUGUCUCCUUUGCCCAAUGGGUAGCUGUCAUCCUUGUUUACACCUUUGUUUAUCACAUGAUGGAGCCACCAUUGCAGUUCUAUGAGAUUGUCGAGGAAGAGGAAGGUUUGGAGAUUGAAGAGGUAGAGCAAUCUGAAGAUGUCAGUAGGCCGCUCCUUGUGGAAGCUGAAUGGCCAGGGAUUGAGGAGAAAGAAACCGAGCAUUCCAAGUCACCUUUUAUUGCUAGGGUCUUCAAUAGUAUCUCUUCUCUAUCACAGAGCAAUUUCCCCGAUCUCGAUCUCUCCGUCGAAACUUCUACCACUAGUCCCAGGUCCAUUAGGUGUCUGGCAGAGCCUAGAGUUGUGAGGAAGAUGAGAGUUGUAGCUGAACAAACUCCAAUACAGCAUAUACUUCAACCUCCAACUAUUGCCUCUCUGUUGGCUAUCAUUAUUGGAACGGUGCCUCAGCUAAGAUCAAUCGUAUUUGGCUAUGAUGCUCCCCUUUCUUUCAUUAAGGAUAGUUUUGAAAUCUUAGGGGGUGCCAUGGUGCCUUCUGUGAUGCUGGUUCUUGGGGGUAUGCUUUCUGAGGGGCCGAAAGACUCUACUCUUGGACUUCGAACAACAAUAGGCAUAACGGUGGCAAGGCUUUUAUUGCUUCCUCUGCUCGGAAUUGGCGUUGUUGCUCUAGCUGAUAAGCUACAUUUUCUGGGGCAGGAAGAUGCAAUGUACAGAUUUGUGCUGUUUCUGCAUUACACAACUCCGAGUGCCAUUUUACUCGGAGCAAUAGCCAGCCUCAGAGGUUAUGCUGUGAAAGAGGCUUCUGCAAUUCUUUUCUGGCAGCAUGUGUUUGCACUCUUGUCCCUCUCCAUAUACAUAGUGAUCUACUUCAAAUUACUGUCGCAUAUUUGAGGUUGUUCUAUGUCAUCUAUUUGCUCGACUUUUCCUGUUGGUUGCUGUAAUAAGCUUGUUUGGUUAUGUAUUGAAACUUGUACAUUAGACUGCCCUUUGAUGAAUGUGUACAUUUGCAUCUUAUCUUAUAUUAUGGAAGUUGUAGACCAACUCUUUGUCAUGUAAGAUUCAGUAAAUUCCAUAAAUUUGC